UUCCACUUUCCUUGGCUGCUCCGUCUCCAGUCACUGUGCACUCCCGUCCUUAGACACCUGCUAUGUGAAUGAAGGACACACCUGUGGCUGGGUGAGAACAACAACCUCCAUUUCACCCUAAAGGAAAGAGCAACAGGGAGGAUGGCGGAUUGCCCACGGUAUAGUCUAUCUGGCGUGGCUGCCUCCUUCCUCUUCGUCCUGCUGACUAUAAAGCACCCAGAUGACUUCAGAGUGGUCAGUCCUAACCUCCCUAUCAUGGCCAAAGUCGGGGAAGAUGCCCUGUUAACGUGUCAGCUCCUCCCCAAGAGGACCACGGCACACAUGGAGGUGAGGUGGUACCGCUCCGACCCUGACAUGCCUGUGAUUGUGUAUCGGGAUGGAGCUGAGGUGACUGGGCUACCAAUGGAGGGGUACGGAGGCCGGGCAGAGUGGAUGGAGGACAGCACUGAAGAGGGCAGUGUGGCGUUGAAGAUUCGCCAGGUCCAGCCAAGUGACGAUGGUCAGUACUGGUGCCGCUUCCAGGAGGGGGACUACUGGAGAGAGACAAGCGUGCUACUCCAAGUAGCUGCUCUAGGAUCUUCCCCAAACAUCCAUGUGGAGGGACUCAGAGAAGGAGAGGUCCAGCUCGUGUGCACGUCCGGAGGCUGGUUCCCUGAGCCUGAGGUGCACUGGGAGGACAUCUGGGGAGAAAAGUUGAUGAGUUUCUCUGAGAAUCAUGUGCCAGGUGAAGAUGGGCUAUUCUAUGUGGAAGACACACUGGUGGUCAGGAAUGACAGUGUAGAGACCGUUUCCUGCUUCAUCUACAGCCAUGGCCUCAGAGAGACCCAGGAGGCCACCAUCGCUCUGCCAGAGAUGCUCCAGACCGAGCUGGCUUCCUUUAGCGUAAUUGGACAUUCCCAGCCCAGACCUGUUCAAGUCGGAGAGAACAUAGAAUUAACUUGUCACCUCUCACCUCAAAUGGAUGCUCAGAACUUAGAGGUGAGGUGGCUCCGAUCCCGCUAUUACCCUGCAGUCCACGUGUAUGCAAAUGGAGCCCACGUGGCUGGAGAGCAGAUGGCAGAAUACAGAGGGAGGACUUCAUUGGUGACUGAUGCCAUCCAUGAGGGAAAACUGACCCUGCAGAUCCACAACGCCAGAACUUCGGAUGAGGGGCAGUACCGGUGCCUUUUUGGAAAAGAUGGUGUCUACCAGGAGGCCCGUGUGGAUGUGCAGGUGAUGGCGGUGGGUUCCACCCCACGGAUCACCAGGGAGGUCUUGAAAGAUGGAGGCAUGCAGCUGAGGUGUACGUCUGAUGGGUGGUUCCCACGGCCCCAUGUACAGUGGAGGGACAGCGACGGAAAGACAGUGCCAUCGUUUUCCGAGGCCUUUUGGCAAGGGAGCCAGGAGCUGUUCCAGGUGGAGACGCUCCUGCUGGUCACAAAUGGCUCCGUGGUGAAUGUGACCUGCUCCAUCAGCCUCCCUCUGGGCCAGGUGAAAACUGCCCGUUUCCCUCUCUCAGACUCCAAGAUAGCUUUGUUAUGGAUGACCCUGCCUGUUGUGGUGCUGCCUCUCGCCAUGGCUAUCGACCUGAUCAAGGUGAAGCGGCGACGGACGAAUGAACAAACACACACCAGCAAUCAGGAAAAUAACCAGAAUGACGAAAGCCACAAGCAGCGACUUCCUUCCGAUGAGAGGCUCAGAUAAAAAUGCACCCCGCAAGCCCAACGCACCCCAUUCCCGGAACACCCCCUCCUUCCUCUCCUCGUUUCCCCUCAGUAAGCUCCGCUGCACGGACAGAGGGGCGGUUUCACUUGCUGCUGUCCAAAGGGUCUUCACGGGCCCUGUCUGUUCCUGAUGGAACUGUCACUCACAGUUGGGGUCACCUCGACCUGAGCCAACCCACAACAGUCUUGAUCCCCCCUCGCAGUGAUGGCAUCUUCUCUUCCUUUGCCUCUUUCUGCCGUCCCUCGGUCUAGGGACCAUCCCUUGCCCAUACACAGCAGUUUUGUCUCAUCACCUUCUGGACCCAC